AUGGAUAACAAAUAAAACUCUAAAUUAAUACCUUGUUUGUAAAAAUAUUUACCACAAUAUUACUAUUUAGCUAAAGGUAAAUAAAUAAUAAAAAUAGUUUUCAUACUGAUAGAGCUUGGCUUUCUUGAGGAAGCUUUAAGAGUCAGUGAUUAAAUAAUUUUAACAGAUAUAUAAUGUGAUAUAUUUUAUUGGUACAGAUGUAAUUCUACAUAAUUUAAAAAAGCUUUAAUAUACUUUAAAAUGAAUCGUCUUCAAGAGGCUUUAGAAUUUAUUAAUUUAUCAUUAGAAAUAGAUCCUCAUAAUGCAAACUUUUAUAGUUUUAAAGGUAUAAAUAAGAUUGACAAAGCUGAAAUCUAUGAAAAAAUGCUUCGUUUUGAAGAGUCUCUAGAAAACAUUGAUUAUGCCAUUUAAAAAGAACCAGAAUUUUCACACAGAUUUUAUAACAAAGGUCGAAUUCUCCUGAUAAUGAAACGCUACAAAGAAGCUGUUUUCUUCUUUGAUCAAGCAAUCAUGAAAAAUCCAGAAAACUCAAUUUUUUAUUUUAUGAAAGGUUGUAAAGAAUUUAAUUAUAGGAUCAGCGUUGACAAAUUAAGGAAAAUUUCAAGAAGCCUUGACGUAAUUGGAUCAUUCAAUAUCUAUUAAUCCAAAUGACGCAAAAGCUUUUGUAAAUAAAGGUAAAUUUAUUCUGAAUAUGAAUUAAGCUAUUCUUUUAAAAAAAAUAAAUCAAUUUUAAGAGGCAAAAUAUUGUUUAGAGAUUGCUAUUAAGUUAGAACCUACGAAUAUGGAACAUUAUUGCUCCCUGGGUAACCAUUUUUUUAUUUCUAAGCUAAAAUAUAAAUGGAAAUAGAUGGUGGAGGUUUACAGUAUAUAGACUUAGCGAUUGAAAAAUGCCCAGAAAAUGGUCAAUAUUAUUUAACAAAAGGUUAAUCAUUAUUAAUUUUUAGCAAAAAUUUUAUUUAAUAACUAAAAAUUGAUUUAAUCAUUAGAAUUCUGCAAUAUAGCCAUCCAGCAUAAUCCAGAAAAUUCAUAAUUCUUUUAUUUUAAAAGUAAAGCUAAAAUAUUAUUUUAUGCUUAAUAUAUCAUCGAAUGAAACUUUUUGAAAAAUCUUUAGAAGAAAUUGAUUAUGCACUGUUAAAAAGUCAAAAUUUUGGGGAAUAUUAUAGUUUCAAAGGUAUAAAAGAUUAUAAUAAAAUAGGAAAUUUAUUUUUUUAAAUGAAGAGAUUUGAAGAAGCCUAAAAAUUCUAUGAGCAAGCUAUUUUAAAAGAUCCCAAUUAAUCUGAAUAUCACUUUAAUAGAGGUAGAUAUUAAUAUGGUUUUAACAGCAUUAUUAUUGGUUAAGUUUUAAUCUUAUGAAGAAGCGUUAAAUAGCUUGAAUUAGGCGAUUUAUCUAGAUCCAAAAAAUUCAAUAUAUUAUAAAAAUAAAGGUGAAUUGUUCCUUAUUUAAUUAUUAUAGUUUUUGUUCUUUUCAAUAUGAACCUUUUGUAAGAAGCCUUAGAGGUAUGUGAAUUAGUUAUUUUAACAGAUCCUAAUAAUGCUGAAAAUUAUUUUUUUAAAGGUGUAUUCUUUCUAAUUUAAAAGGCAAUAUAUUUAAAAAUUUGAAAUGUUUUUAAAAAGCUAUAGAAGAGUAUGACAAAGCUAUUUUAAGAGAUUCUAAUAAUCCAAGUUAUUACAGUAAUAAGGGUAUUAUUAUUUUAAAUCAUUAGCUGUUGUGCUUGACAAUUUAUUUUGUUCUUAAGAAGCUAUAUAAUAGAUUGAUAAAGCUAUUUUUUUAAAUCCGAAUAACUCAAAGUUUUACUCAAUAAAAGGUUUUUUGAUUCUAAUAAAAAGGCAAUAUAUUUUAGAAUUUGAAAUGGUUUUAAAAAGCCAUAGUAGAGUAUGACAGAGCUAUUCUAUUGGAUUCAGAAUGUUCUCUUAANCAUUAUUGCUCCCUGGGUAACCAUUUUUUUAUUUCUAAGCUAAAAUAUAAAUGGAAAUAGAUGGUGGAGGUUUACAGUAUAUAGACUUAGCGAUUGAAAAAUGCCCAGAAAAUGGUCAAUAUUAUUUAACAAAAGGUUAAUCAUUAUUAAUUUUUAGCAAAAAUUUUAUUUAAUAACUAAAAAUUGAUUUAAUCAUUAGAAUUCUGCAAUAUAGCCAUCCAGCAUAAUCCAGAAAAUUCAUAAUUCUUUUAUUUUAAAAGUAAAGCUAAAAUAUUAUUUUAUGCUUAAUAUAUCAUCGAAUGAAACUUUUUGAAAAAUCUUUAGAAGAAAUUGAUUAUGCACUGUUAAAAAGUCAAAAUUUUGGGGAAUAUUAUAGUUUCAAAGGUAUAAAAGAUUAUAAUAAAAUAGGAAAUUUAUUUUUUUAAAUGAAGAGAUUUGAAGAAGCCUAAAAAUUCUAUGAGCAAGCUAUUUUAAAAGAUCCCAAUUAAUCUGAAUAUCACUUUAAUAGAGGUAGAUAUUAAUAUGGUUUUAACAGCAUUAUUAUUGGUUAAGUUUUAAUCUUAUGAAGAAGCGUUAAAUAGCUUGAAUUAGGCGAUUUAUCUAGAUCCAAAAAAUUCAAUAUAUUAUAAAAAUAAAGGUGAAUUGUUCCUUAUUUAAUUAUUAUAGUUUUUGUUCUUUUCAAUAUGAACCUUUUGUAAGAAGCCUUAGAGGUAUGUGAAUUAGUUAUUUUAACAGAUCCUAAUAAUGCUGAAAAUUAUUUUUUUAAAGGUGUAUUCUUUCUAAUUUAAAAGGCAAUAUAUUUAAAAAUUUGAAAUGUUUUUAAAAAGCUAUAGAAGAGUAUGACAAAGCUAUUUUAAGAGAUUCUAAUAAUCCAAGUUAUUACAGUAAUAAGGGUAUUAUUAUUUUAAAUCAUUAGCUGUUGUGCUUGACAAUUUAUUUUGUUCUUAAGAAGCUAUAUAAUAGAUUGAUAAAGCUAUUUUUUUAAAUCCGAAUAACUCAAAGUUUUACUCAAUAAAAGGUUUUUUGAUUCUAAUAAAAAGGCAAUAUAUUUUAGAAUUUGAAAUGGUUUUAAAAAGCCAUAGUAGAGUAUGACAGAGCUAUUCUAUUGGAUUCAGAAUGUUCUCUUAAUUAUACCAAUAAAGGUUUUAAUUAAUUAAUUCUAAAGCGGGAUGCUUAUCUGGUUUAAAGCUUUUAGAAGAAUCAUUAUAAAACUAUGAUUUCGCAAUUAAAAGGGAUACAACCUACUCCUUAAAUUAUUACUUGAAAGGUAUCAUCAUAAUUAAAUCCUAGCUUAAAUUUUAGAUA